GCCCCUUUGUCAAUGUCAAAAACUGCCGUAAGACGCAAGUAUGAUAACUGUAUAUAAUGUAUUAUAUUAUUUACGUUGUACACCCAUUGGUCAAGGCAUAAAACUUAUCACUGAAAGUUAGAAAAGUUAAUAGUUAGUAAAUGAGAUGUUGUGCUCAGUAAAGCAGAAGCUAGUGAACUCGCGUGUGCUUAUGGUAGAUGUUACCGGUAUCAAUAAAGACUGCUUUAACGAGAUAUGAUUAAACUCGUUUCAAAGUUCGCUACUAACGCUGUAAAACCGUAUAGCAUUAUUAUGAAAAAACAAAGCACAAAAGUUAUGGGAGCGACGGCGACGGUGCGAGUGCGCCAGGGGGAGCUGCGCGGGGCGGCGCGCGCGCUGCCCGCCCCCGCCCCCGCCGCCGCCGGGGAGCACUACUUUAGCUUCAAAGGCAUUCCGUACGCGCAACCUCCCGUAGGCAAACACCGUUUUAAGGCGCCGGCCCCGCCGCAGCCCUGCUGA